CCACGCAGAUAUUGCCAGGAUCCGCCAUCUUUUCUCUUGGCGCCGCAGUGUACUUCCGGUGCCAUUUCCGUUUCAGCUGCUCGUGGCGGAAAGCAAGAUUACCCGUGUGGUGAUGAAGCCGCCAGCGAGAGUCCGUGCCGUCCCCCGCCGUUACGGUGUGGAAAGGGGGGAGGCGGCCCUGGACAGUGAGACUGAGUGUGGCGAAUGGAGCGAGAAGGAGCGGCGGCUGCUACUGCGGCUGCUGCGCAAGCAGAGCACGGCCCGGGAGAUCGACCUGCUGCCCAUCGAACUGGCCAUGCCCAGCCGCAGUUCACAGGAGGUUGCUGCCUACAUGGAGAGACUGAAGGAGAGGUCGACUCGCAGCGCCAUCCAGAAGGUCUACAGCCAGCAGCUGCAGGAACAGAGGCGCAGGCAGCAGCAGCUGCGGGCCCCACUGCAGAUCUGGACAGAAUUGGCAGAAGCAGUGACGGGCACAUUGGACAAGGUGAUCUCAAACACGGUCUCUCAGACACUGACGAUUGCAGCCACAGAGUCCUUCUGCCAGGAGCACGUGGUGCCACUGAUGUCGUGCUGUGGUGAAGAGCCGACAGAGGUGGGUGCCACAGAUCCGACAGAUGAGCCCCUCCCCUCACAGCCCCCAGUGGACGAUGCAACCCAGCAGAAACAGUCGGAUCCCAGGAUGACAGAGCCAGACGACCCGUUCCAGCCUGUUGAGUUCGCCAGGAUAUACCGGUUUCUGUCAGCAGCUGUCAGGGGGGCAACGUUACCGCAGCUGGCACCACUGGAAUGUGCUGUGCUUCUGGAGCUGCUGCUAUCUCUCCCGACACAGCUGGAAGGACUGUCCCGCCAGGAUCUGGGAGCUCAUCUACACCAGGCCCACAGCCACCUCCACAAGACUAUCCGCUGCCAGGACCUCCCACAGGGACGUCAACUCACUCCUCGACCUCCGACCGCCAACCCAGACCUUCCUCAUCCAGCAGAGUGCUGGCCAGGACCCUCCACUCAAGCUUGGGCCCUCAACCCCUUCGGAAUUCCUCUGCAACUACUGGUUCAAACACAGGGUCUGGGAUCUGCUCCUGAUAUCCCCCAAUCUAUUCCUCCAACCCCCACCCCCCCAAAUCCCAGAGCUGAACCCUGACCUUCAGCUAGGAGACUAACAGUGACCUCUGACCCUACUUCCACAAGUUGGUGGAAGAUUUAGUGACCCUUCCCGUCGUACUGAGGGAGGAGUUUAAUGUCCCUUUAUACUAGGGGAGGCGUUUCAUCCUAUGUACAGUAAAUGAGGUAUUUUGUAUCACCUCUCCUUUGUGAACUGAGCACCGAAUUUCUUCUCCCCAACCCAUACACUGAGAGUGGGCUUCAUACUCCCACCUACACACUCUCCACCAAGGGGUGGUGUUUCACCACUGCCCCUCGUUUUCCCUGGAUGAGGGUAGGAUUUAUUUCCCACCAAUACUGAGGAAGGGGUAUACUGACUCAUGUACAACGGGAGGCUGUGACACAGUUGUAUCUGUUUCUCGGGAUGUUAUUGUUCAAUGCCCUGUGUGAGUUGUGGUAGUGUAGUUCAUCUGGUGCACCAUCUGUAGGCGUGGGCAUUCCCUGGGUUAGAACCUGCACUCAGCAGUAAUUGGCUAUUCUACAUUGGCAUUUCUGUUACAUCUUUAAAAACUGAUGGUUUCUCCUGUUACAUUGUUAGUUUAUCAAGUAAAGCAAACAGUCAGUAAAUGAAUGUAACCGAAAGGCUGAAUGUGAACUUGUACUGGUUCUGGAAUUAGAGGAAAGUGGAGGAGAUAUACACUGCCUGAAGAAUAUCCUCAUUUUUUCCCUCUCCCUCUUCCUCUCUGCCUCUCCUCCUCCCUCUCCCUCCCCCUCUCUCCUCCCCUCCCCAUCUCCCCCUCCCUCUUUUUGUCCCUCACCCUCUCCCUCACUCUCUCUCCUCCCCUCCUCCUCCCUUCUCCCCUGCUAUCCUUUCCUCCCUCCGCUCCCCUCUCAACUCCCUCCCUCUUCCCUCUUUUCGUCCCUCACCCUCUCCCUGUCUCUCUCUCCUACCCUCCCCCCUCCCUUCUCCCCAACUGUCUCCCUCUCCAGUUAACCAUAUUAUCAUCCAGAUCGUUGGCAAACAAGAACAGAAUCAGCAACAAUAUUUGCAGCAUUCCACAGGCCUCCAGUCAGAGAGGCAACCAUCCACGACCACUGUCAGUAAUCUGUAUAGGGUUCAUGAAGUUGAUGUUACUUUGCCUCACUUCUAAAUACAGAUGCAAAAAAUUAGUUUAAGAUCUGCCCCACUUCUUUCAGCUCCACACGUAGAUUACCAUUCUGACCUUCCAGAGGACCAAUUUUGUCCCUUGAAAUCCUUUUGCUCUUACCAUAUCUCUAGUAUCUCAGGAUUCUCCUUCAGCUUGUCUGCUAUGGAAACCCCAUGCCUUCUUUAAGUCCUCCUGAUAUUUUUCUUAAAUGUUUUGCAUUUCUGGUACUCCAUAAGCACCUCAUUUGUUCCUCCUACUUGCAUCUGCUAUGCACCUCCUUUUUUCCCUUAACUAUGUCUUUAAUAUCUUGAAAACUAAGGUUCCCUACACCUGUUAUCUUUACCUUUUAUUCUGACAGACACAUGCAAGCUUUGUACUCUCAAAAUUUCACUUUUGAAGGCCUUCCACUUACCAUUUGCCAGAAAACAGCCUGUUCCAAAACAGACUUGCCAGAUCAUUUCUAAUACCAUCAAAAUUGGCCUUUCUCCAAUUUAGAAUCUCAGAGAACAGCUCAGAUCUAUCUUUUUGCGUAUUACUUUGAAACUAAAGGCAAUGCAUUCACUCGAUGCAAAGUGUUCCCCUAUGCAGAAUUCUAUCACGUGCCCUGUCUCAUUCCCUAAUAGCAGAUUAAGUAUCUCACACUGUUUCAUUGGGACUUCUAUGUACUUACUAAGGAAUCUUUACCGAACACAUUUGACAAACUCUAUCACAUCUAGUCAUCUAGUCCUUUUACAGUAUGAGGGUCUCAGUCAAUAUGUGCAAAGUUAAAAAUCACCUACUACAACAACCUUAUGUUUCUUGCAACAGUCUGUGAUCUCUCUGCAAAUUUGUUCCUCUGAAUCCCUCGGACUGCUGGGUGGUCUGUAAUAUAGCCCAUUAACGUGGUCAUUCUUCCUUAUUUCUCAGUUCCAAAAAUGAGAUGUGAUGAAGUGAUCUGUAUGGAUGACAUGCAAAAAUAGAGUUGUUUGCUAUACCUUCGAACGUGACAAUCAUAAACUAAUCUGUCAGGCUUUCUGAGAAACAGGUUCUGGAAAGCUUGAAGUUAAAUGUUAGAUUCGGGCUGAUGGAGUGGGGUGCAGUUUAUGGCAGAGAACCCACACUGUGCGAAAAUGCAUUGAUCUCAAACCACAAUGCUUCUUGAAGACUUGUUUGUAUUACUCUGUGCUAAUAUUAGAUCACUUCUGCUUGCUCUGCUGAUGGGAAAGCAAGAUUUGUGCGUGUUACUCAAGAUUUGACUAGCUUGAUGUUGAACGUGGGUGUGGGCUGCUGGCUUCUAUCUCAUCAGACUCGUAAGCGAAACUGGCAAGAAAAACAAGCUCUUCGGUGGGUGCUGCUCGCAGUCCUGAUUUGUUACUGCAAAUGAAGGUCAUGGCAAAGGCGAUAAACAACCACAAGAGCAGGCUAGCCACUCACCUGCUUGUUUGCAACAUCCGAUCAACGUCGCCUCUGCCUGUAACUGCAGUACCUUUAGGGCAUUCCCUGCACACUGACUGAGGGAAUUCAGAGAGAGGACAGUUAUAGCUGCCCCACAGCACAGAAACAGACCCUGCUGUGUACCCCUCCCCCAUUUCCAACUAUCAAGCACCUGAUCUAUACGAAGGUGGAAACACAAGAGCCUGCAGAUGCUGGAAUCUGGAGCAAUGGAUAAGAUGCUGGAGGAACUCAAUGGAUUGAGCAGCAGCUAUGGAGGGAAAUGGACAUUCGACAUUUGAGGUUGAGGUCCUUCAUUUGGACUAAUCCCACCAAUGAACGCCGUCAGAGAGCUUAGCAUUUCAGGGGAUCUCCCCUCAACAGCCUCCAGCCUGGAAGAGUCCCGAUCAACCCAAAAUGUCCGCUGUUUAUUUGCCUCUACAUGUGCUGCCUGACCCAUUGAGUCCCUCCAGAUGUUUGUAUUUUUACUCGUAUCUGUUUUGAUCCUGUUUAUGACCACUUGAUCUACUGCCUGCCAUACCG